AUGAAUGACUGCGAGAAUAAGUUUCUUGCCAAAUACUUUCUAUUAUUGCCAAAUGACAUUAUAAUUCAUAUCCUUCGCUCAUUGCCUCUUCCAUUAAUCAAUGUGCUACUAAAGACAGAGGUGUUUGAACCCCAAAUAUAUUAUGAAUUCUUUAGGCAUAUGGUGAUAUGUAAGCAACAACCAAAUCAAGCUAAUAUGACAAUGGGCUACAUGCUAAAUAAAUCAUUUCAACCGUUUACUCGUAUGAGCCCAGAGCUCACUAUAGAGAAUUGGCCAAAUUCUUUCAUUCCAAAAAGUAUUCAUCUAGAUGGAACUGUUAGAGAGGUAAAGGAAUUUUUAUUUCAAAAACAUAACAGUCUGAUUUUAGCUAAUGAAGUUAGAAUCUCUUUAGUGUUAGAGUUAAAUUCCUCUUUGCAUACUAAAAGUCUUUUAAAGCUAAUUCAAUUCCCAAACUUGUCACUAAUUGAGUUUAAGUUUUGUUUAUUGAAUUCAUAUGUUAGGAUUCCAUUCAGAGUUAAGACGAAGAGUGAUAUAAUAUGUUUAUUGGAAUUUGCAAAGCAUUUAAAUAAUGUUAAAACAUUUGCCAUGCUUAUGGACAUCUUAUCAAGUUCAACUCUUUCAAUAACUAGUAACAGUUUCAAGUUUAGCCAAUAUGAACAUUUACAAAUUUUGAAAUCAUUGUCUUUUCUGGAAGUUAAUAUAAAUACAUUGAAGGGUUUACCUACUACAUUAAAAACUAUAACCUUAAAUGCUUGUGGAUUCUUAAAGUUUGAUGAAGGAGUUUCAUGGCCACCGAAUAUAAAGUCUAUUUGCAUUGAAAAUUGUUCAAUGAAAGAUGACAUUUUAUUUAAAUUAUCUAAGUGGCCUAAAAAUCUCAAGUCAUUAACAUUGAAAAAUAAUGAAUUUGAAAGACUUGGAAGUAUUGGUCGAUUACCUGAGCAUUUAGAAUACUUGGAAAUACGUGACCAUAACAAAAGACUUCGUGGUUGUGGAUUAAUUGAAUUUGACAACCAUUUUUAUUUUCGAGGCUAUUUGUAUUAUACAUUUCCUGAGUCUUUAAUCACCUUAAAAUUAACAGGAAUUAGAUUUCAUGAAAUUCCUGAAUGUGUUAUUAAAUUUCCUAAAAAGUUGAAGACAUUGCUGAUUGCUAGGUGUUUAGGAGAUUUAAGUAGAUGUAUAUUUCCAAAAUCAUUGAUUUGCUUAGAGUUUAGUGAUAACGAGAUAUCAGAUUUAAACACAUAUAAUAAUAAAAUGUUAGAGAAAGACUGGAAAGGAUUAGUUAAUGUUACAAAAUUAAAGAUUAAUCAUGAGUCAUUCCUUCAAAAGGAUUUAGCUAAUUUGUUUUCGCCAAAUGAAAAGAUUACUGACGACUUGUCACAUUCUUAG